ACCUAAAGAAUCUAGACGUGAAUACAUUUAUCGAUGGAAAAUAUACGCGAAGGGUGUUCUUUCAAGGUUGACUACACACGAUAAAAACUACCUCUUUUACCUGUACACUAUAGAUAGCAAAUUUGAACAGGUACACCCGGAGUAAGGAUUACGUGUAAGUCCCUUUUAUGUUUAACCCGGACGUUAGGGACCCAGUACGUGGUUAAUGUAUCAACACGUCGGUCGCCAUGAAGCCUAUAUUCUCUGCUACCAUACUUCUGUGGGUAUUGAGAUUGACAGUAGAUGUUAGUGGCUACCCCGAUUGCUGUGCGGUGAGUUCUGCAGGAGAGGAUGUCGUGUGUCGAGGAUGUGGACUGGACACUGUACCACAGGAUCUGCCGAUCAACGCCACACAACUAGAUCUGUCAAACAACAAACUGACCACCUUAAAACCGAAAUCGUUCCUAUAUUUACCAAAUUUACAAACAUUGAAACUGAACCGGAACGGAAUGAGAAACAUCACAUCCGGGGCAUUUGACGGUUUGGGACACCUCCAGUUCCUGAGUCUUAGCGACAACGGACUAGAUAGCUCUCUCGGCACAAACGUAUUCCAAUUUCUGAAUAAUCUCCGAGUUUUAGAUUUGCAUCGGAAUGUGUUCCACCUCAAUCAAGUAUAUCCAAUCAAAGCGCUGUCACAUACUACAAGUAUCGAGACUCUUAAAAUUGAUGUUUUCCACCAAUUUAGUUUUGGGAUUGGAUUUUCGCAUUUAAAAAAGUUGAGGAUUUUGAACUUAUACGGUAUGCAAAGAUGUUCUAUUCGAAAUACAUCGUUCACGGGAUUAGGAAGUAUAACAAUAAUACAUCUUAUUAUAAACUCUAGAUUAAGUUUUAUCGAGAACGAUGCACUGUCUCCAUUUAAAACCCUUGCUUUACUGGACAUUGAUUCAGAUAGAACCCUUAAUAUUCGCGAAGUUCUCUACAUCCUGUAUGGAUUGCGAAACCAGACUAUGGAACAGAUAAGUUUUAACAACAAUUUUCUGCCGUUUGAUAACCCUGUUAAAAUUCACACAUCUGAUAUUGUUUACCUCCAAUCCAUUUGUGUCAAACGUCUUUAUUUGAUCAGAAAUGCAAUAUCCAGUUUCCCGCUUAAAGGUAUUACGUCAUGGACAGGCAGAAGAUGCCUAGAAGUUUUAGAUGUUUCACAAAAUAAGUUUACAACCUUUAACAUGGUAUAUUAUCUCCCAUUAUUUCCAGCUCUGACACAUUUUUCUCUUACAUGCAACAUUCUUAGUAAGUCUAGGCGAAAACGACUUUCUUUCAAACGUUUUCUUAGAGAUGAAAGAACUUUAUUUUUACCUCCUAGAUUGAUUUUCUUGAAUAUAAGUCACAAUAACAUACGUGGGUACUUCGAUAAACUUCAUUUCUCGUUAAACAACUCAUUGAGAUACUUUGACAUAAGCUAUGAACGUGAAGGGAGCUUCAGGCUUUAUAUAAACGGUAAAGGGCUGGUCCAUAUGGAGGAAUUGUAUUUAUCAUUUAUGGAUUGCUAUCACGUAAAAUGUGUUGUAUUUGCUGAUAUGCCAAAUCUCGCAAAGAUUGUAGCAAGACAGUGUAGUUUUGAAUCUGAUUUGUUGUCAGUCAACUCCAAGUCUGUAUUCAAUGGACUUCGUAAUCUUACAUACGUAGAUUUGUCAGAAAACCAUAUCCCGAAAUGGGAUCCAAUGACAUUUUAUGACCAAAAAGAUUCACUGAGAGUUUUAAUGAUCUCGGAGAACGAAAUAAGCACGUUCCCAGCAAAAGCUAUAGAAGCUCUUGAAACACUGGAAUACGUUGAUGUCAGUCAAAACUCCAUAACGACACUGUCAUUAUCAGAUUGUAAUCUCAUUGAUAGACUGAAACAAAAAUCUGACACAUUCAGUGUUAAUAUACAUGGCAAUCCCUUAGUAUGCAGCUGUCACGAUUUGGAUUUUCCUCGAUGGGUUUUCAGGACAACAGUGCUUUACAACAAAGAACAUCUACAAUGUAUAACGCCAAAUGGUGAUUUUAUCCAUUUUAAAGAACUGCAUCGCACCUUUGAGAAAUUCGAGAUUAACUGUGCCUCCUUCAGCUGGCUGAUAGUGUCAACAAUACUCCUUAUUUUGAUUUCCGUAUUAGUGACGGUGUCGUUGGUUACCUGGAGAUACAGCGCGAAGUUACGAGUCUGGUGCAGACAACCAGCGGAGGGCGAGUUUUCCCACUAUGUCUUUUUAUCUUAUUCUAAUAAAGACACCAAAUGGGUACGGGAACGACUUGUACCUCAUUUAGAACAAGACAAACUGUCUUUCAUAUGUGAAGACAAAGAUUUUCGACCAGGCAAAGAUAUAGCUACAAACAUUUUGGACGCAAUAGAUUACAGUUAUAAGUGUGUUUUUGUGGUAAGCUAUCAUUUUCUCAGCUGUGAGUGGACCAGAUAUGCAAUGCAGGUAGCAAGUGGUUAUUGCUUUCGGAAAGGACGAGAGAAAAUAAACAUUAUUAUCCUACUCGACGAUAUAGAACUAUCAGAGCUGCCUAAACUUCUUCGUAAAAACUGGGACAAUAUAGAAUGUUUACGCUGGCCUCAUCCUCAUAGUAACAACUCCGGUCAAGGAACUGCUGCUAAAGUCACUGAAAUUGAAAUUGAAAGGGCAAAGAUGUUUGAUAGAUUAUCACAAUGUAUUCGAAAGGGAAAACCUAAAAUUGUGUUUCAAGACGAGGAAACUUUAGUGAGUGAAACUAUGUUGUAAGGUUGUCAAAAUUGACCUGUAAAUGCAGGAAAAAUCAGUUAUGACUGCUUAAUAUUGAUAUGUAUUAC